AUGGCUUCUUUAUAUAUGAGUUCAGCUAUCAUUUACAAAAAUGCCAUUACCCACAAUGUUCGCCUUCAAAGUCCUCGAAGGUUCAUAUGCAGAUCCAUUACCAAAACGACGUCAGAUAAUGUUUCUGUUGAUGUCCUUCAUCGACGCUCCGGUAACUAUUCGCCUUCACCUUGGGACCAUCGUUAUCUCCUCUCCAUCGAGAAUAAAUAUGCGAAAGAAAAAAACGUGAUAACUAGAGAUUUGUUGAAGAAAAAAGUGAGGAAGUUGCUUGAUGCUGACACAAAGCGUAGUCGUCUCGAGCAAUUAGAGCUCAUUGACCACUUGGAAAAACUUGGGGUUUCGUAUCAUUUCGAGGUAGAAAUAAACAACAUUCUAAAUGAGUUUAACCAUAAGAUUGUCUGGAAAUGUGAUACGGAAGAAGAUUUACAUGCAACCGCACUCGAAUUCCGUCUUCUUCGACAACAUGGUUUUGAUGUAUCAGAAGAUAUAUUUGAUGUGAUAGUAGAAAAAGUUGAAAAUGAUACGUGCAAGAGUGACGAUAUAAACAGUAUCAUCUCUUUGUACGAAGCUUCGUAUCUCACCACGCAAUCGGAUACUAAACUGCAUGGAGUCAUCAGACCUUUUGCAACAGAAAAGAUAAGAAAAUUUGUUGAUGGUGAAGAAACUUGCAACAACACUGAGGUCCGUGAGAGGGCGAUCCAUGCGUUAGAAAUGCCGUACCAUUGGAGAAUGAGAAGGCUAGAAGCGAGAUGGUACAUAGAUGCAUACGAGAAGAAACAUAACAAGAAUGUUGACUUGUUUGAAUUCGCCAAGAUCGAUUUCAAUAUUGUACAAAGUUAUCAUCAAGAAGAACUCAAACACGUCUCAAGCUGGUGGGAGGAAACCUGUUUGGCUACUCAACUUCCUUUUGUAAGAGACAGAAUAGUUGAGAACUAUUUUUGGACCGUUGGAGUAAUAUCCGAACCUCAAUUUGGAUAUAUACGACGGAUCCUGACUAUAGGUAACGUACUUAUUACAACAAUCGAUGACAUUUACGAUGUCUAUGGCACUCUUGAAGAACUUGAACUCUUCACUGUCAUGGUCGAUAAGUGGGAUGUAAAUCGUCUUGAUGAGCUUCCCGAGUACAUGAGGACAUGUUUUCUUAUUCUGUACAAUGAAACCAACAACGUUGGAUGUGACAUUCUCAAAUAUAAGCACAUUAACGUCAUUCCUUUGCUAAAAAAAUCGUGGGCAGAUUUAUGUAAAACAUACCUGGUUGAAGCAAAGUGGUACAAAAACGGAUACAAGCCAAGCGUGAAAGAAUACAUGCAAAAUGCUUGGAUUUCAAUUUCGGCACCAGUAACAUUGAACCAUCUUUACUGUAUUUUCUCUGAGCAUAUCUCGACACAAGUCAUGGAGACUUUGUCUCAAAAUCGACAAGACCUCGUCCGAUGCUCCGCCACCGUUCUCCGUUUAGCUAAUGACCUUGGAACUUCGCCGGAUGAAUUGGCUAGAGGUGAUAAUCUCAAAUCGAUCCAAUGUUAUAUGCAUGAGACCGGAGCAUCAGAGGAAGAGGCACGUGCACACGUGCAGCAGAUGAUCAGCGAGACUUGGAACGAAAUGAAUUACGAAACAAAAACAGCGAAACAUUCUUCAUCCUUCUCUCGGGCCUUUGUGAAUGCUGCACUCAACCUGGCACGUAUGUCGCAGUGCAUGUAUCAACACGGCGAUGGUCAUGGUUUCCCAGACAAAGCUAAGACCGUUGAUCGUGUUAUGUCCUUGCUUGUUAAUCCAAUCCCUUAG